AUGGCAACCUCACAGAAGCGCAUUACCAAGGAACUCGCCGAAUGCGUCAACAGCCCGCCCAGCGGCAUAACCGUCAGCGCCUCCGACGCCGACCUACACAUCUGGACUGCGACCCUAAUCGGGCCGCCAGGAACUGUGUAUUCCGGUGGCAUAUUCGCGCUCUCCAUCACGUUACCCCCAGACUACCCGUUCAAAGCGCCACAAGUAACCUUCGCGACACGGAUCUACCACCCGAACGUAACGAACGACGCCACGGGGUCGAUCUGUCUCGGCAUGCUGAAGCCCGAGAACUGGAAGCCCGCGUCCAAGAUCCACGCCGUCCUCGACGCCGUGCGCCAGCUCCUAGUCGAACCUAACCCCGACGAUCCCCUAGAGCCUCGUAUCGCUGACGAGUAUAAGAAUGCGCCGAGGGAGUUUGAGAAGACGGCUAGGUCUUAUGUUGCUAGGUAUGCUGUGGCUAAGAAGUAG